AUGGGUUCUCAAAGGAGGUUGGGAAUAUAUGUUGGUUAUAAAUCUCCUUCUAUAAUUAAAUAUGUUGAACCAUUAACUGGAGAUUUAUUUACUGCACGAUUUAUUGAUUGUCAUUUUGACGAAACAACAUUCCCAACAUUAGGGGAAGAGAAAAUACAACUGGUAAAAGAAAUUACAUGGAAUGUAUCAUCAUUAUCUCAAUUAGAUCCUCGUACAAGUCAAUGUGAACAAGAAGUUCAAAGGAUUAUACAUUUGCAAAAUAUUGCCAACCAACUGCCAGAUUCAUUUACUAACCUAAAGAGAAUUACAAAAUCUCACAUACCAGCUGAAAAUGCUCUAAUACAAAUUGAUAUCCCAAUAAGGCAAAUUGUUAGUGCAAAAGAAAGUAAUCCACGCCUGAAGCGUGGAAGGCCAAUCGGUUCCAAAGAUAAAAAUCCUCGUAAAAGGAAAGGAGCAAUUAUUCAAGAUGGUAAUAUUGUGGAGGCAAGUGCCCCAGAAGAGGCCAAAGAUAUAACUAAUCAAAAAACCCCAGAAGAGGUUCAGGUACCUGAAAAUGGUGAUAACGAAAAGAUCUCAAUAAGUUAUGUUACUUCAGGAAAAAGAUGGAACUGA